AUGACUAUUCAAUUUGAGCAGACAUGUUUGUUUUUUGUUGUGAUCGGUCUCGGCUUGAUUGGAGUACUUCAAGGAAAUGUUAAUGAAGAAGAAAACAGAAAAGUUCAUCAUAUUGAACGACGUCAAGCCUGUCCGGAUUCAAAAAUGUGUAAAUCUCAAUGGGGUUACUGUGGAACGGGGCCAGAUUAUUGCGGUACUGGUUGUACAGCAGGACCUUGUUUGAGUGGCGGUACUAGCAGUGGCAAUGGAAAUUUAAUCACUGAUCAGAUUUUUGCCUGUGCAUUCAACACAAUUGAUGCUGGAACGCGUGCUAAUCGGCUCGAUGGACUUAGAAAGUCAGGAUGGACACCGGCAAAUAAGGAUGAAGCGGCUGUCUUUCUCGCUCACGUCUUUCACGAAACCGAUGGACUCAAAACUGUAAGAGAAUACUGUGCACCAGGUUGUGGUUCACACUAUGCUGGAACAUGGUGCAGUAUUCAAGGCAAACCGGGAAAGUUGUACUAUGGACGUGGCUGGUUUCAACUCUCUUGGCCUUGCAAUUAUCAUGCAGCUGGUCAAGCGUUGGGUGUAGAUCUUCUUUCUAAUCCAGAUUUAGUGGAGCAACGAGCAGAUUUGGCAGUGAAAACUGCUGUGUGGUUUUACAAUUCAAAUAAUAUGGCUGGUCCAGCUAAGCAAGGCGAUUUUGCAGCCACUACCAGAAUUAUCAACGGACAAUUAGAAUGUAAUGGAGGAGCAGGUGCUAACAAUCAAAUACAAAGAGUAGCGACCUACAGACGAAUUCGAAAAUGUUUUGGCCUCGGAGAUCCUGCUAAGAAUCCCUCAUGUUAG